AUGUCCCCAAGUGUCCUCCCUUUGCUUUCGAAAGGAGAUGAUUGCCAUCAUCGUGAGGAAGAGAGAAGGCUUGCUCAACUGAUUUCUCAUCUUUUUCCAUUAAAUGCCACUUGUCAUUCCGAUUCGACCUCUAGCGAUGAGAUUCUCUCUCUUCAUUCCUGUUCGAGUCAUCAUCAAUAUCCGUAUGGAUCUCUAAAACCUUCCUCUUCUUCAUCUGAUCAACAACAUUGUCUUUCAUGUUAUUCCAUUUCUUCCGAUCAAAUGAUUCGACAUACACUCACAGAUUAUGAAACCGACAUUCAUCGCAAAAUUCGGAAUGAUAUUUACGAAUUAGUGAGAAAGAAUCCAAAAGUAUUUGAAAGGAGAUAUGGCUUGAGUAAGGAAGAAGAACGACAAUUGUCACACGAUCGUUUGGAGUUUGUGAUUCAACAAUUGAAACCUUUCGAAAUGGAACAUUUUAAAACAGAUCCGAAAAGAUUUUUCAUAGUGUUGGAAACGUUGAGUAUGAUUGAUUUUGGAAGUAGUGGAAGAUGCAUGAUUCAUUUUGGAUUAUUUGGUGCUUCAGUCUUGUUUUUUGGAACAGAAAAACAUAAACCAUUCUUGGAUCGAAUGGUGAAAGAUUUUGGAAGAAAUUUCUUUGGAAUGUUUUGCAUGAGCGAGUUGAAUCACGCUUCGAAUGUUCAAGCGAUUGAAACUCGUGCCAUUUACGAUUCUUCGACAAAGACUUUCAACAUUGUGACACCAAGCGACUCUGCUGUUAAAGUUUGGUCUGGAGGUGCUGCCGUGUUUGCCACAUGGGCCGUUGUUUUUGCACAACUCAUUGUAAAUCAUGAAAAUAAGGGCGUUCACACCUUCUUGGUUCCAAUUCGCUCUGAAAAAGAUCAUUCAAUUUUACCUGGUAUAAGAAUUCGAGAUUUAGGAUCUAAAAUUGGACUCAACUCGUUGGAUAAUGGACGCGUCUGGUUUAAUGUCACCAUUCCUAAAGAUUAUUUAUUGGAUCGUUUUGGAACCAUUACUGAAGAUGGAACUUACAAGACCUCCAUUCCUGAUCCUGGAUUAAGAUUCUUGAGUCAUGUCUCUGCACUCUUGAUUGGAAGAAUCAUGACAGCAAGUUCGAGCCUUUUAGCUUUGAAAUUGGCAUUGGAAAUUACUUUGAAACAUGCUAUUCAUAGAAAGCAAUUUGGUCCAACACUCGAUCAGGAAGUACCCAUUAUUUCCUAUCUCAGCUUUCAACGUCGAUUUUAUCCAUAUAUGGCAUUUGCUUAUGUGAUGCAUUUUGCUGUCCAGGAUUUGAAAUUGAGAUAUGAAAAACCUUCAAAAGGUGUUGAAAAUAAGAUGCUUCACACAUUGGCAGAUUGUUUGAAAGUUAAAUGUAGUGAAACAGCAUUCCAUGGAUGUCAGGAAUGUAGAAAGGGAGCUGGUGCUCAAGGUUUUUUGUCUGUCAACAGAAUUGGUGAAAUGAGAACCAUUGCAGAUGCUUCUCUAACCUAUGAAGGUGACAACACCAUUCUCUAUCAAACUGCUGCUAGAAAUUUAAUGAAGAGAGCAUCCACAGUUCCAAAAUUGAAGCCAUUAACAAACUUGUGGGACUUGCAACAAUUACAGCAACUCUUUGAAUUCAGAGAUGCAACACUUGAACAUGAAUAUUUGAAAAAGAUAGCAUGUCUGUCCAAGUCAAUUAGAAAUGCCUUCAAUGUUAGCGUUCGUUCUCAGGAUAUUGCUCUCAAACUUUGCAAUGCCUACGUGGAGAAUCAUGCGAUCAAAGUAUUCAUGAGAGAAGCAUUGGAAUCACUUCCAGAAGAACACAAAAAUCUUGGACAAGUUUUAGAACGACUUGCGCUGUUGCUUGUCGUUACUUGGAUUCAACAAGAUGGAUUUUUCUUGCAACAUGGAUUAAUUUCUGGUGAGCAGUAUGGUAAAUUGGAUGAAAUGAUUAAUUCAAUUUGUGAAUCGUUGACACCUCUCAUUCCAAUGCUGAUCAAGAGUUUUAACUUUCCAGAGGAUAUCCUUACCAAUGUGCCAAUGGGUCCAAAACUUGUAGAAAUGAUGGCCUACGAUAAGAUCUAUGAGUAA